AUGACCCACGAGAUGAAGCAGCAGGAGACCUCAGUGGCAGAAACAACAACAUCAGGCAGUGCUCAGAAUCCAAAUAAGUCGGGUGGCAGCAGCAGCGUCGUUGCUGUUGCGACAGAACAGCCACAAAUAAUGGUAGAUGAGAGCAACAACAACAACAACAACAACAAGAAUACUCUCCAAAAUAAUAAUGGAAAGGUGGCAAACGACGAUCAAACGUCACCGCGAGAACCGAAUAACAAGACGCUCAUUGCGGGCGAGCCGCAAAAGCCAACGUCGUUUGCCAAGAAAGCUCCUGCGACGACAACAACAACUGGCAAGCCGCCCCGAAACCCAACUCCGCCAAGAGACAUGCACCAGCAAAAUCCAUCCACGGCGAGACAGUAUGUGGCUCAGAAAACGAAACAGGGAAACGCACAGCCGCAACAACAACAGCAACAACAACAAGGACAGAGCCAGAAUCAAAAUAGUGUUGCUACACAAAACCCUCAGAAUAGUCAGACUUUGCCACAACAGGGACAACAACAAUUCCAAAAUGGCCAGCAGCAACAACAAGCAAUGCAGAAUGGCCAGCAAUCGUCUCAGGUACAAAACCAAUUCUCGCAGCAAUCAACACAACAGCAGGGCAUCAGUCAAGCCCCAAACCAAGCAGCUUUUUCACAACAAAUGAAUCAGUCACAACAGCAGCAGCAGCAGCAGCAAAGUUUGCAGCAGGCCCAUCAGCACCAAGAACAGCCACAACACCAGCAAAGUAAUCAACAAACAUCGCAGGUGCAGGGUCAAUACUCACAGCAAAACAUGCAACAAAAUUUUGUCAGUGCUUCCCCACUGCAACCACCAUUGCAGCAACAGGUCAGCCAAGGACCUUACUCCUCACAACAACCAAUACAGCAGCAGCCCCAAAGUGGACGACAGCUUCAGUCUCAGCAACAGCAAUAUGACAAUGUGCAACAACAGCAACUUUUUCAGCAGCCGCCACAUCAAACACAACAACAACAAUUCCAAAACAGUGGUCAUCAACAACAACAAACAAUGCAGCAAACUGGUAACAAUAGCCAACCACAGCACCUGCAGAAUAAUCAGCAUUCGUCCCAGGUACAAAACCAAUACUCACAGCAAAUGAUGCAGCAAAAUGUUGUCAGCCAAGGAGCCUAUUCACAGCAAAUCCCACAGCAGCCCCAAAACAAUGGACAGCAGGGCCAGGGAUACAAUAAUAUACAGCCAAAUCAGCAGCAGCAGCAACAACAACAACAAUCAGCGUCUGGCCCAGCCAGUGCAUACACGCCACAGCAACCCCAGUCAGCACAAGAGCAAUCGCAGCUGCCGCAGCUCGCCAUUGCCACAGAUCAGCAACAGCUUCGGAAACAGCUCGAAGAACAAGGAAAGAACCAGCAACCUCCAGCGAACAAUAGUUUUCGACCUGUCCAACAGACGACGCAGAUUGUUGGGAUGGUUGGGACAACGCCCAUCGUAAAAAUUCAAGGAACUGCUGGACACGUUGUCAAAAAGAAAAAAGGGCGAUUCAAGCUCUUGGAAGAAGUUCCCGCAGCUAAUACACCUACUCCGCCGCCACCAUUGGAAUCUCCCGCGGGAAACGAAGCCACAACAGCGCCUGCUCCGGCCCUUGCGGCCGCUCCCGUGUCGGCCGUCGUCGUUGCAGGCCGCGAGAGAACCCUUUCGAAUGGAUCUGCCAUGUCUCAAAUUACAAGCGUAACACAUCAUGCCAAUCCACAAACCUUUGACGGGACGGGAGCACCUGUUGUCAAGAAGAAAGGAAGAUUCAUGGUGACCAACGUCAAGAACCCAGGGUUGAUUGCUGUGCAGCUAGCAGCGCAACCGGCACCUGCACCCAACAAAGUAGAAGUGACACAGCAGCAGCAGCAGCAAACACCGACGGUGUCACAGCAAAAUAUCCACGGAUCCCCGUCGCAUCAGCAGAAUCGAAGCGACCCGCCAUUGCAAGGGACGCAGCUACCCGCUCAGGACCAACAACAACUUCAAAACGGCCCGGCAGAAAUUUUGAUACCUGCACAGCAACAGGUAAUUCUGACGGAUAAUAGCAUGGCCGUUCAGGUUUUGCCUGCUUCAACUGUGCAGCAACAUCUCGUGUAUCCUGCGCAGAUGAUCCAGACACCGGUGCAGCAAGCCUACCUACCAAUGGGGCAAGGCGGUGCAGUCAUGCCUGACACACCCACUCAGCAGCAAUACCAGCAGCAAUCUCAAGUAGGGGGGGCGUCUCAAAUGACACUACAGCAACCUGUUGGUCAAACUCAGCCACUGGCGGCUCUUGGGAAUCAAAGUGGUUCGCCAGUUCAGGACUCAGCAAAACAAGGACAAUCAGCUCCUGAGGAACCAGUAGGCACCCCAGCGGCACCCGCACCAGCUGCAACAACGAAACAACCGAAGCAACCGCAGGGGGCGUCAGUGGCGCAGGCUCAACCACCUCGAAACAAGCAACGGAAUCUCGUUGCUCCACGAAAUGUCACUGGAUAUAGCAAUGGAGCAGGCCUUGGCAAGGUUUUCUACUUUCUUGAUCAAAUGAAAAACGAGGUGACAGAAGCGGACAGGACAAUAAAGACGCUGCAAAAAGAUAUGAAGUUCAUGAGGGAGAAGAAUAAGGAACUCGAAGCUAGAAACAGGGAUUUGGAAAGAAGACUGAGAGAAGAGCAAGCUUUACGAGAAGCCGCUCAGGCCAAGCUGCGACAGAUGAAGAGGAAGGGGCGAGACGAAAAGACGGGCGCCGAAGUUGAGGACGGUCAGAGAAAAUCCCGCCCUAACGAUUCCCCGGAAAAGGCUCCUCUUUCUCACGCGACUGUGGAUACUAAAAAAGCGCCACCAAACAGUGUCAGCGGCAAGGCAAAGGUGUCGGCUGAGUCUCAGACAUCGCAGCAACAACAACAGCAGCAGCAACAGGCUAGCAAGCAGGCCCGAGUCGCGGGCAACCAAAACGGAGCAACCAAACCUGCUGCAAGAAACGAACCAGCUGCGGACAAGCAGAAAGCGCCCAAGCCAUCACAACCACUGGUUCGAAAGGCUGAUACUGCUACCGCGGAAUCGACAAUUGCCGGACGGAACUUGGCUCAGUUGGAAGGGAAGAAAGGUAAUUCUGCCGCGGUGUCAAAACAGACCAAGCAAAAUGGGAAACCAUUACCGGUGGCGCGUCAGGGGACCUUGGACAAUGCCGAGAGCAAAGCUACGCCGACUGCCAAGAAUAUGGGUCAACUUGCUGCUCCGGACAGUCCAUCGCGACCAAAAGUACAAGCCACCAUGACACAGCAAAUUGGAUCGGCAUCGAAGACCCAAGAUGCUUUGAAGGGUGGUGUUGCAAACGGUUCGUCGAAUGUUGCUACGAGAACGAGCGCUGCGCCACCCGGCAAUGACACCAGAUUCACCAUUAGCCAACCCGGUCAAAGGCCCGCAGCAACCGCCCCGAAGAUCCCUUCGGCAAUCGAGUUUGACCCGCUCAAAAGUGGCCCGCCCGCUUUUCCAGGCCUGUCCUUGGAUGCCAAUGGGCGCAGCACUCCGAUUGACUCGCAAUCAGUCUCGAGUGGCAAUGCAGCCUUCACAAGCGCCGACGUUGGUCUCGGCAACAGUAGCUUCUCCCUACAGAAUCAAUACUCGCAGCCUUUCGAAGUCUCUUCUGCUGUGGUCGGGCAUUCUCAAAUGGCCUUCCCGGUUGUCGGCAUCACCCCAGCUGCCAGUUUAAUGAGCUAUCAGCAGUCAAGUACAGGAUUCCCUCAAGGUGCUGCCAUGAUGCAGGUGACGCAUCCGUCAUGCUCUCAACCGUUGAAUGAAACCCCGAAUGGGGCGCUUGCAUCAAACUUAUCUCUGCUACAACAGCCCUUUCUCCAGGUCUCGUCGGAACAGCCAACAUCUGUCCACUCGAUGCCGGUUGCUGAUUUGAGCCAGCCAAUGAUUCUUAUCCAACCACAGCAUGUGCGUGGUGUCACUAUGCAUAAUUUCUCGGUUGAUGCGAUGCUGCGGAACCAGUCGGGAUCCAAUAUGCAGAACCAUCACACACGUGGAAACAGUCUCCACACACUUCCUAAUGUCAACGCGAAUACUUGGAACCAGAGUUCACAGUGGGCUCCCAUGUCAAAUACAAACGUCCCACACCAGCAGCCGCAGUCUUUGGGACAUCAGGUUAUGCCGUCGAUGGAUCCGGACCCUUUCGAUGAGCUCGUUACUCGGCGGCCCAUGUCAACAAUGUCGACCACUGGUGAAUCAUAA